CGGUUUGUCCUCCCGGGGCCACCGUACCGUGACGUCACAGCAAAGAUGGCGCUGCCUGUGCGGACAAACUUCAGAAAUGUCUCCAGGUUCGUCCGGACCCGUUUCUCUCCCGCCAGGUCCGUCUGCGCUGCUACCAGGAGCCCGGAGAAGCAGGAGCCUCCAGGAGGUGGGCGUGUGUUUUCUGGGAUCCAGCCAACAGGGACUCCUCACCUGGGCAACUACCUGGGUGCCUUGGAGAACUGGGUGUCGCUGCAGAACCAGUAUCCGUUGGUGCUCUACAGCAUUGUGGACCUGCACUCCAUUACCCAGCCUCAGGACCCGAACCAGCUGAGGAGCAACAUACUGGACAUGGCAGCCAGCCUGUUGGCGUGUGGCAUCGACCCAGAGAGGGCGAUACUCUUCCAGCAGUCUAAGGUGUCUGAACACGCUGAGCUCUCCUGGAUCCUCGGCUGUCUGACCAGCAUGCCCCGCCUCCGACACCUGCCGCAGUGGAAGAUGAAGAGCAAACAGAAGAGCGAAGGCAGCGUCGGCCUCUUCACGUAUCCUGUUCUCCAGGCUGCAGAUAUUCUCCUUUACAAGUCCACUCACGUCCCCGUCGGAGAGGACCAGGUCCAGCAUUUAGAGCUGGCUCAGGACCUCGCUCGCAUCUUCAACAAUCGCUACGGAGACGUGUUCCCUGAACCCCGCGCCCUGCUCAGCUCCACACGAAAGGUCAAAUCCCUCCGCGACCCCUCCGCUAAAAUGUCCAAGUCAGACCCCCAAGCGAUGGCAACGAUCACCAUCACAGACUCUCCUGACGACAUCGACCUCAAGCUCCGCCGUGCCGUCACAGACUUCACCUCCGAGGUCACCUUUGACCCAGAGACGCGUCCAGGAGUGUCCAACCUCGUGACGAUCCACGCUGCCAUGGCGAUGAUCAGCGUGGAGGAGGCGGUGUCCCAGGCCAGAGGUUUGGACACGGGAGCCUAUAAGAAGCUGGUUACCGAGGCCGUGAUCCAGAGGCUGACGCCCAUCAGAGAGGAGAUCGAGAGGCUGAAGUCGGACCAGGCUCACCUGGAGGGGGUGCUGACUCGGGGGAACCGCCGGGCGCAGGAACUGGCUGCACCGGUCCUCGCAGAGGUCCGGCAGCGAGUGGGAUUCUGCUGAGAUGCAGCUCGGCUGGAAAAUAAAGCCACAUUUAUACUGCGGGCCUGCUCCGUGCUUAACUGCUGCUGAUAUAAAAUUUUAUUCCAAUGACUGUUUACAUUUCCAGGAUAGUCGAGGAUGUAACGCAUUUAUUAGAGAAUGUGUUGAAAGCAACGUGGAAAAGACUCAACGGCAGAUUCCUGUCAUGUUUAGACUGAAGACUCAUUGGUGGACAAGCUUUUAAAUACUUUGACCUCUGUUGGUCUCAUUGAAAUGAAUGAGGAGGCUGUUUCUAAUGAUGCGGAGACAUUGCAUCAACUAUCUGUUUCUCCUCUGCUCCUCACUGAGAACAGUUUCACACCCAGCAAAACUGUGAAACCUACUUUCAUUCAAAGACUCAACAUUUACUUAUUAAAUUAAUCCGACGUGAUUUCACUGUUUGAAUACAACCGUGGUUCUGUUCGCACUCACAGUUCAGUCUGGUUUUAUCUAUCGAUGCUGGAAGUAGUUUAGAUUUCUGAAAUCUGAACCCAGAAAAACAGUUUAUCGGAAGCGGUGUUCAAGGCAGGAGAGCUGUGAAAAUACAAAUAAAUAGACAAAUUCAAGAAAAGGCAGCAGAUGAAAAUACAAAGGUCCGACAGUUAAAAGCUGCUGUAGCUGCAGGAUGUUGUUCCUCCUGUGCUGCAGAUGGGAUACAAGCUUUUAGACAAAGAGAGACUCCAGAGGUUCUGUGGUGCAAUAAAUGAAAUAAAUAUUAAUAACCAAAGUCACAUCUUUGA